UGAGCCUGCUGCUCUUUCUCUUCCUCCACACCAUUCAGAAGGCAGGCUUCCAGUUCAGUAAACCUCCAAAUCUUUUAGGAAAUAGACCUACAGACCUAUUGAAAAGUUUCUUUUGCCAAUGAAUACUGCUUGAUUGCCACAGGAAGAAAAUGGGUACCGGGGAUUAUAUCUGCAUCACCAUGACUGGGGGAGCACCUUGGGGUUUUAGGCUUCAAGGUGGAAAGGAAGAAAAGCAGCCUUUACAGAUUGCCAAGAUUCGUAACAAGAGCAAAGCAUCCAAAGCUGGGCUAUGUGAAGGGGAUGAAGUGAUAUCUAUCAAUGGAAACCCUUGCACUGACUUAACCUAUUCUGAAGUUAUUACCCUGAUGGAAAGCCUGACUGACAUGCUGCAGAUGCUUAUAAAGAGAUCUUCCAGUGGGAUAAGUGAGGCCCUAAGUCCUGAAAAAGAAAAUGGAAGACAUAGUGAAAUCAAAAAUGAGGAAUAUAAAGAAAGUACAACCCUGCAGAUCAGAACAGCAGUACCAAAAGUUCACCAAGAAUUGCUGAUUACAGGGGUGACUGUGGAAACAACUUCAAAAGAUGUGGAACAAAGUCAUGUGGAUUUUUCUGGAACAAAACAAGAGAGAGAGCUAACCCCCUCCCACAAAAUCCCCCCUAAAGUAAUAGAAGUUCCCGAAGCACACCUAAUAGACAUGCCUGCUCUCACUAGGGGGAAUGGAGAAAAGCCAGGCCCUACAGUUGAGUUACAGUUGUCCCUCUCGCAUGACAAACCCAAAGGCACCAAUGCUCCUGCAGUGACUGUCCUGGGGACUGAAGAGUGCAAGCCUCUGGAAACAGGACCCACCCUCCUGAAAGAUGGGACUAGCUGGGUGAUUCCAGCUCCUGCAACUAAAGACCCCACUGUCCAGUGGUCAAGCAGGUCAUUCCAGAUUGCUAGUGGCAACACAGGGGUCAAAGCAAUCCAUGAAACGGAAACAAAGGAGCCUUCUCUCACCAAAGUAGAAGUGAUCCUGGACUGCUCUAGCCAGGCAAAGGAAAGCUCCAGGUCUGUGUCUGAAAAGGGGUGUGUGGAUUCUCAAGUGGAAGGAGGGCAGUCAGAAGCACCUCCUUCUGUAGUCUCCUUUGGAAUCUCAUCUGAAGGCACAGAGCAGGCAGAAGACGAUCUGCACUCUGAAAGGGAACAUAGCAGACCUCACAAACACCGGGCAAGGCACGCCAGGCUCAGACGCAGUGAGAGCCUGUCAGAAAAACAGGUGAAAGAAGCCAAAUCUAAAUGUAAGAGCAUUGCCUUAUUGCUGACAGCAGCUCCCAAUCCCAACUCCAAGGGAGUGUUGAUGUUCAAGAAGCGUCGCCAAAGGGCCAGGAAAUAUACUUUGGUCAGCUACGGCACUGGGGAACUAGAGCGUUACGAGGACGAGGGGGAAGAAGACGAGGGGGAAGAAGGUGAGAAAGAGAACACUUUUGAAGUCACUCUACUAGGCACAAGUGAGUCAGAAAUCGAUGAAGAUUUCUUUUCUGAUCUUGACAAAGAGGACCGGAUUGUGACAUUUGACUGGGACACUGGGCUACUUGAAGUUGAAAAGAAACCAAAAAGUGGGGACGAGAUGUCUCAGCUUCUUCCAGACAGCAAGGGCAAAGGGGCACUCAUGUUUGCCAAAAGACGUCAAAGGGUAGACCAGGUCACUGCCGAACAAGAGGCUAUGAAGAUGCAGGGAAUGCACAGAAGUUCUGAGGAACACCGAGAAGCUACUUCUGUAGAAAGUACCCAGAAAAUUAGUUCCUCCUUGUAUCAAGCAAAGCAAGAAGCUUCUAGAGUUCAGCAGAGCCAUGUUAGCAAAAGCUACAUAGAGGUGAGCCACAGUCAUGGUACAACAAUUCAACAAAAUGGCAUUGGUGUUGCUCCUGAGACAAAUAUGAUCUAUCCAUCUUCAGAAAACCUUAAAGCUGCUUCAAACAGAACAGCAAAACCUUUCCCUGGUGUACAGAACAGAGCAGCAGCACCAUUUUCACCCACCAGAAGUAUGACUAGCCCCCUCUCAGAUCUACCUGCACCACCUCCUUAUACAUCAGCCAGCCCACCACCUGAAGCCAUGUACAGAACUGUGUUAACUCCAGUUGCCACCAGCACAACUCAGUCAACUCUGUUGUCUCCAAUUGAAUCAACUGAGCAGAUUGCAUCCAGGGACGAAAGGAUUGCAGUACCUGCCAAAAGAACUGGAAUAUUGCAAGAGGCAAAAAGAAGAAGUACAGCAAAGCCUAUGUUUACUUUCAAAGAAGCCCCCAAGAUGAGUCCCAAUCCUGCUCUUUUGUCCCUUGUACAACAUACAGAAGGGAAAAAAGGUGCUGGCAUGGGCUUUGAAUCAGGUCCUGAAGAAGACUACCUCAGUUUGGGAGCAGAGGCCUGUAAUUUCAUGCAAAUCCAAGCAGCCAAACAGAAGAUCCCACCUCCAGUUGCUCCAAAACCAUCACUUAAGGUUUCUCCUACUGCCACGACACCUGUAUCACCAGUCUGGUCCCCUCCAGCUGUGGCAAUUACCCAGCCUCCUGUCUUUCCAGCUCCAAAUUCACCUGAAGUGGCUGCUCCAGGACCUAUCAAAACAGUGCAACCUGCUUAUCCCCCACCACAGCCUCCUACUUCUCUUAACCUAGCUAGUCCACUUAAAGGACCUCAAACAGCAAUGUCACACCAAAAUUAUACACCUAAAACCACACCUACCACACCACUAGGAAACAGUGUGCUUGCUGGAGGAGUUGGGCCAGCUUUUGAAAUGCCCCCAGCUUUGAGUGGGAAGGGAGCCCAGCUUUUUGCCAAAAGACAAUCACGGAUGGAAAAGUACGUGGUUGACUCAGAAACUGUGCAAGCCAAUAUGGCACGGGCUUCAUCACCAACACCAUCUUUACCAGCUUCUUGGAAAUACUCAUCAAAUGUCCGAGCACCACCACCUGUAGCAUACAACCCCAUCCAGUCCCCAUCUUAUCCUCUUGCUGCUACCAAACCACAGUCAAAGUCUCCUGGAGCUUCCAAAACAACCAAGAAAAAGCCUAAGAAAGCACUUAGUUCUUUGGAAGUUAUGAAGCAUCAACCAUACCAGCUGAAUGCAUCCUUAUUUACUUUUCAACCUCCUUCUGAUAAAGAAGGCCUGCCUAAGCAACCUACAAAGUUUGACUCACUGUCUGCCUCAAAACAAGCUCUACCUUCAAGAUCUCUCGAUACUGGUUCUCCUGCUAAUGUCCGAGCAUCUUCAGUGUACUCUGUACCAGCCUACAGUUCACAACCAUUCUCCGCAUCAAAUGCCUCCAGCCCUGUAAUUGAGUCCUGUGCACCAACAGUUCACUCUACUUUUUUGAAGCAAGAAUCAGCCUCCUCCUCUAUGUUUACUACUCCCAGGCCAAAGUUCUCAGCCAAGAAAGUUGGUGUCACAGCACAGGAAAGAGGCAGUGAACGAUCUCUGUCAAUCUCUGGAUGGCCUCCUUCAACCACUUCACAAUCCAUGUCACCCAUUUCUCCUGGAAUGUUCCAACCUGCUCCUGAUUACUUUGGCAAACCAACACCUCCAGGAGCUGACAACAAGCCUGGGAAGAGACUAACUCCUUGGGAAGCUGCAGCCAAGUCUCCUCUUGGACUUGUGGAUGAUGCCUUUGGCCCUCAAACCAUUCAAGAGUCCAUUGCAGCAAAUGUUUUGUCUGCUGCCCGUAGGAAAACACUACCUGCUCCACCAGAUGACUGGAAACAAAAAGUGGCCUAUGAGCAUCCAGCCCCAAGUGCCCAUGCAAAAUUAUCUUCAUUUGGAAGGAGCCAUUCAGCAACCAUCUACCCUCCGAAGAGCACAAUGUCUGCUCCUAGCUCCACAUCCCAUUGCAGCUCUCGUCUGCAUUAUGCAUACUAUGGUCAGCGUGCCCAAACUGAUCCUGGUAUGGUCUCCAUGGAUUCCAGGUCUGAUUACUGCCUGUCAAUAUCUGACCCCAACUAUAACCCACAUCCAAAGGGAUGGAGGCGUCAGACAUAAGAAACAUAAGAGCUUCUCUUAGUUUUCCUUCUUGCAAUUCUACAAGUCAUAGAUGCUACAAUAAAUUAAAAGUGGUGAUCUGCAUGGAUACAUGUUUUCUGGAGCUUCAACAGAUCAAAAGUUUUCCAAAAUGAAGGACAGCGUCUGUGACGUUCUCAGUGGUACAACCCAUUUUGUCUUUUAGUGUGUGUGUGCUUGGGUUUGUGAGUGUACGUGUACGUUAAGAGGUCAAAUUUGUGUACCAAGAAAGUACAAAGCAGUGCCUCCAUAUGUGAAGCUGGGAAAGUACAACAAUUAUGCAAAGUUAAAACUUCUACAAAUUAUCCUGUGAGUCUUUAUGAAGAAUGUAAUCUUAAUUUUUGGUCUUGAAAAAACCUCUCCAUUCAACUUAUGCCUGGCAGGUAUAAGAAUCCAUCUUUGCUGCUGCUCACUUUAUGGUCAAAUGAAACUUUUGCAUUUCCUUUCCAAGGAAAUGUCAUUAUGCAGUUAAAUAUCAGAAAGUUUAAUGGUAACAAGAUUACAGCAGUGUUGCUCCAACUUUAACUGUCAUAGCUAAACCCUAAGGAAUCUCUCUGUAUGUAGUUUGGUGAGAUACAUAGAAUUUUCAGCUCUAGACUUCUAGUGCUAUAGCUCAAGGGAGUUGAGUAGAGCUCUCCAACAGAAAAUUCUAAGUACCCUUUCAUCAAACUACAAAUUCCAAGGUUCUGAUGGAGCUGUGACGUUUCAAGUGGCUUCAAACAAAAUGCAUGGAUCAUUUUCUGCAUUUUUAUUCACUAAUAAAGAUAUCACUGUUUUGUGGGUUUUGUAUAUUAUUGUAUUUUGCUCUAUGGCCAACACAGCUACCCUGGAGAUGUUUUCUAUGUAAUACAGAUAUGCUGUUAGUUGUGAUAUUUUGAUUUUUGUUCAGUCAACUAUAACUUUUCUAUCCUGCAACAUAAUUGGCUGAGGGGGUGGGAAAAUGAACAAAGUUUUGAUAGCUUUAUGCCCCUAAAUUCCAUAAUCAUCAGGAGAGAGAAUAUAUUGUUCAGUGGUAGAACACUUGCUUGCAUACAUGUAGAAGAUCCAAGAUUCAUACUUGGCAUCUACAUUUAACAAGAUUAGCUAACAAAGCAGGGGGAAAAUCUAAAUUGGCAGUGAGGUACUGCCAAAAUCAGAAGAGACAGACAAUAUGGCAGCUUCCUGCUCAUGCUUCAUUUCCUUUUGCUGUGCACUCACCCCAAAUAUUUUACUUAAUAAAAAGUCAACAGAGUAUGUUUGCAGAGUUUGGGAGGAGGGAAAACAUUUUGAACUACAGUUUCCAACCUCCUCCAGCCUGUUCUGGUUUUGAUCGUCUAUCAAAAGUCAGAAGUGAAACUCCUCCCCUCUAUUCCAUUUGUUAUCUGAAAACCUAUAGCAUUCCACAGAGUAAUAAUAUUUGCUCUCUUUUGCUGUUCUAAGGUACAUUGAUAACGCUUUCACUCUGUUUAUUAGUUGAAACUUGGUAGUGGCUGUGCUGAAGAUAACCCUCUUCCUGCAAAAUUAUUCAGAAGGCUGAAUAAGAUGUGAAGAGAUUGCUUUUCAUUUAUAUCCAGUGAACAAUAUAUCUAAUGAAGGAUGAAGGAUAUAGUCACCUGACUAGGCAGGGAGGUGACUUUAAAAAAAAAUCAAAACGGUAUACUGUUCUAAAUUUUCACAGAAUUCUAGAGCUGUUUAGAAUACUAUCACUAUGUAUGUUUACCAAACAGUAAGUCCUGCUAAGUUUAGUGAAACUGGGUUGAUCCAAGACAUUUUUCUGCCUACGGCAGAACAGCAAAUGGUACCUCCCCUAGAUUUGCCAAAUCCAAUGUAUGUAGUACCCAAGGCCAAUGUAUAUAGUACCAAGUUAUUUAGAUACCUGAAGCCUUGCCACAUCUGCACCUUAACUUCUCUUGAUACCCAUACAUCUUCCUCUUCCUGGCAGUAUAGGUGCAGUAAUAGAAAUUAAAUCACAGUUUACUACCCUGUCUUGGCAUCUACAGUCUGCUUAUCUGAGGCUGUUGCCUCAAUCUGAUUAAUAAUAGUGCAACUUGUUGUUGUAAUUGGGAUUGAAACUGCACUUUCAGGCCAGAAUCUUAUUUACGGCUCAUGAUGACAUACACUUUGGUGCAUACCCUCCAAUGUUUCACAGAUGAAAAAAAGACCACAUAUAACUAAGCACCACCAGAGUGUGGUCAAGGUGACAAAAGUUAUCAAUGAGGAAGAACACAAAGCUAUGAGAGGAUACUUUUGUUUGCUUUUGCCUGGACUUGCUGGGAAGGACAAGAUUCUGCCCUCUCCUCUCCCCUAUCUCUACUGAGUUAAAUGAGUGCAAACUACUCUUUUACUCUGAACUCAAUUUGUAGCAGUGGAAAUAAGCCCAGGACAAAGGGGAAAAGUGAGAGGAAGAGAGAGAAGCUGGGAGAUUUUAGAAGCAGCUGAAAAAGUGGGAUGACAUAGGAUUGAUCAGGACUGUCCCUGAACAUCUGGGACAGUGGAAGGCAUGCUGGUGUUAUGCUUCAUGGUCAUGCUGGUCAGGAGAUUCUGGGAACUUCAAAGAUCUAGUUCUAAUCAAACCUGCAGAAAACAAGUUUGGGCUUGGCUGUUCUUUGACAAUUUAGGAACAGAUGUUCAUGCAGGUUUUGGCAUUGACUACAUAGCAAAUUAACCAGAAAAGAAAUUCAACAUGUUCUAGGUGCUGUACUUCAGAUGAUUGGAACAUUCUGAGAAUAGUUCAAAGGUUUUUGAAUAUGUGUGGCUAACCUGAAUACUGUGUGAAAACAUCCAGUUAAGUGUAGUUUCUUUAGCAGAUGAUAAAUAUGGUAAGCUAAAUCUCACAAGAACUUAUGACUGUAAGGAAGGUCUAAUGUAUGAAGACGUGAUUCCUAGUAUUUGAAGACAGCAGGAAUGAUGUCCUCAGGAUGAAGCAACCAGAAAGCAAUGGUUUAGAUUUCAUUUAGAGUGAGUAACAGGUAUAUGUUGCAAGAUUUAUGAAAGAGGCAACCCUCUUGGGCCUUGAGAGGUUGCAUUUGUUUGUGAAAUAUAUAUUUUGCUAGUCAUGCAGUGGAUCAUAUUCUCCAGUGUCCCUGUAUAUUUGUUGGGAAGAUUUUGAUGUAGUAAUAGUCUGAUGCAAGGUUAGAGAACAAGAAGAAUUUAAAUUUUAGGAAGUCAUGUUUGUAUAAAAGUAGGUUUAUGUUAAGUGUUCAGUGGUCUGAGUCCAGUUUAAGACAAUUCCUAUGAAGAGACACACAUUAAAAACAUUGGACUAAAUCCAAUGUUCUGAUUAUCAUUGCACCAAAACUGUCCUUCACUUCUCUCUCUCCAUUCUCCCCUCCAGCCCUAAACUUCCUGAAACUUGGUUCUAAAAGAUUUCCCAGGCCUCCAGUGUUGUUUUGGAGGAUGCCAGUGAGGCACCUCCCUCCUGGUUAUUUAUGCUGCCAAUUUGCCAGAAGAAUGCCAUUGUUAGAUCUCUGUCCCUAUCUAGAAUUACUUUAAGAUAAAUACUUGGCUUUAUGUCAGUUAUGACUUCUAGAUAUCAACAGGACUAACACAAGCAGUGAAACAUCUGUUUACCAUCUAUCUGAGGACAUACUCAUUUUAGAAUGUAUUAAUAUUCAAAGGAAUCUUGUAGCACCUUAGAGAGAGAAAGAAGUUUAUAGCAUAAGCUUUUAUAGACUCAGAUUGUAUCUGAAGAAGUAGACUGACUAUGAAAACUUAUGCUACAAACAUCUUUCAGUUAGUCCCUAAUGUGCUACAAGAUCCCUUCGCAUGUGUCUCUGUGUUUUUUCUAAUAUCAUUUGAAGCAAACUCCACAUGAGAAGGGCCAGUGAUCCAGCUUUCAUACUUCCGGAGUUACGAAUGAUUUAGGGCCCUGAGGGCUAAGUUCUGCUGUUUCCAGGAAAAUAUUUGUGCUUUAGCGUACACUCUUUUUAAUCAUAACUAAUUGAGACACAAUAUAUUUUCCACUAAAGUCAAUGGAACAUGCUUCUAAGUAAAUGCAUUUGAAACCAAUGUUCCCAUGAAUCCAAGUAUGCUAUGUCCCACAUGAUCAGGUCAGGUUUCCAUUUUGCAAUGCUCUGCUUUUCUUUUAGGACCAUGAUUAAUCAGCUUCCUGUAAAUAAGAGUGUUGUCAGAUGCAGCUGUGGAUAUAUGUUUUCAUUUGUCAAUACUCAAGAAAAAACAAUUGUGUAUGUUUCCCUUUGUAAUAUUUUUGUGUUACUCAAUGCCGCAUGGUUAAAACCAUGAAAUAAUAUCUGAUUUCAACAUAGAUGCCAAAGGCUUUUUCCAAUUGUUUUCUUGUCACAAGAUGAUUCCCUUAAAGCCAUACAAAAGGUGUGUGUGCGUGUUCAACACACCCUUUCCUACCCAAGAAUUAAGAGAACAAUCCCACAAGCUGUCAUUUAUGAGUCUGACAGGAUACAUCAUGUUAACACAGCAAACCAGAUGAAUGUCAUGAGAUAAUUAAGAUAAUUAAGUAUCAAAUAAUAGAACUGAACCCUGAGGCUCACCCAGGUCAAGGUGCACAGUUUGAGGCCAUGAAAGAGAAAAUCCCACAAGCAACUCUCUUUGUACUCAGUGGGAAAUAUGUGAGUUUGUGCAUGAAUGUAUGUAGUAAUAUUAACAUAAAUAAGUAAAAUUUGCCACCCUUUCAUGAUGUGACAAAGCUGCCCUCUGAAACAAGUGUCUCACUCUAGCCUUGUAAAUGUUUUGCUUAUCGCAAUGGAGCUUCUCUGAAUAUUCCUUGGUUUGAUGAUAAAAAAACACAUGGAGGACCAAUGGUUGUGAACUUAUGGUCUUUGAAAAAAAAUCAAACAUAUCCUGACAUUCAUUACAUUAAAUUCUUAGAAAAUCCUGAGUCUUGAAAUACUUCUACAGUGAGUCAAGCAAGAACAAAUUUAAACAAGGAUUUUUAACAUCCACUUUUAAAAAUGUACUCAUUGUUCCAAUUUAGUUAUGGCUAUGGUCCAAUAUGGCAUUUUUUUCAUGCUUAGUUGUAUUCACAAAUACAGAACAAUUAGCUUAGUCCAGAAAAAACAAGGACUAAAGUUCACCCAGUUGGACACAGGCUGCUAUUUUCUACCCCCUUUGCUCAAGAGUCACGCCCUUUAUAGACCAGCCUGAAAGCCUGGCAUGGGGGCAGAAUCAGGGCGUAGUGUACUCACAAUGCACGCCUGACUCUGCCCCCCCAGGACACCCUGAUGCCACAUGCCGCUCCACAGGAUGCAGCUCCAAAGGAGUGCCAUAUAGACGUGCCACCAUGGUUAUGGCACCCUUGCAACAGUGCAAAAAGGAUCUACUUACAGAGGUCAAACUAAUUGUCUGAUUAAAAAAAAAAAUGUGUGGAUUAAUUGUACUGAUGUGGAUUAAAAAAACAAAAACAUCUUUUUUGAAAUUAGUCUAAAAUCCUAUUUGCAUUUCUUCAUUCAUUUUCUCUAUUAGAAAGAACAUCGGAAAGGAAAAAAUAGCUAGUGUUAGACUCUGCCACACAUCACUCUGCAUUCUUUAUUUUAUUUGCACUGUAUACAUUUUUUUCUCAGCUCUGCUUCUGGAGGGGAAAAAUAUAUUUUAUUGAUGUAAGUGUGAAUAUUGUAUGUAUUCCAAACAUCCAUCUAAAUAUCGUUUAGAUUUUGGGUGUAUGUGUGUGUGUGUGUGUGUGCACAUGCCUUUGUGCAAAGGGACAAAUUUGAUCAUUUCACGAAGGAAAUGUUUUAGCAGUAUUCAGAUAGCUGUUUCAGAUCUCCUAACAGAUUCUUACUCAACAGAAGAUUUGGGUAAAGAUGUCAGAGGCUCUUCUGAAUAUAUGCGCAAUAUUGAAAGUUAUAUUCCUGUACUUGUACUACGAGCAAGAUAGUCUAAUUUUGUGUUUAUUUUUAUUAGCUUCAAUGCAGAUUAACACCUAAUGCUACUGCCUUUGCAAAACAGGUAACAUAUAUAUUCCAGUUAAGUAAUUUCAUUUUCACUUUCACCAGCUAUUAGGUUGUCAGGGAAGGGCACUUUGUUAGAAUGCAUGGUAGAGAUGUAAAAUGGCAUAACUCAAUAAAAAUGAU